AUGAACCACGCCAUGUUCCUGCGCAACAUAUUUUUUCUAUUAGCACUAAUCGUUAAUAUAGCUAAGUCUUACAGCAUCAGGUAUGUACCGCAGCAUGCACCUAAUAACGUCACGGAAGCAUUUCUAAAUUGUCUGGAAGACAGCUUAGGGCACUUAGAUUUUAAUGUAACGACUGGACCAAUCGGAAGGAUAAAUAUGAUGCCUUCUACUAGACGAAACUUUACACCAGAAGAGAGGCAGGCAAUACUCCACUGUAUAAACCUCGCCUCUGCACAUCUACAUUUUGAAUCCCAGUCAGCAGUCUAUGAAGAUGAGUUUACGUUACGUUCCACCGAUAUAAGUUGCUUGCGUACAUUUUUCGAUUACAGGUUACAAAUAAUAGAGGGAACUAGACAGACCUCAAUAGGCAAUUUCAUGGGCCUUGAUAUAGACCUUGCGAUCAAUGGCUAUAGCCUUAACUGUGAUGGUCAUUUCUACUCCAUUGGCCAUUCAUAUGUGACCUUCUUCACACCGAAGGGGGAUACACAGAUUAAGUAUUACGCAUAG